CUCUUUCCGGAUGGUAAUGGCACAAACCAGGAAGCGACGGUUCUCCAUGGCACCUCACCGCUUAUCUAAAAAGACUUCGUUAUUAUGAAACUUCUCGAUUGCAGCUGCGGUACAGUUGUAGGCCUGUUUACCGUUCUAGUUGUUUUAAUUGCAGUCAUUUUUUAUCACUUGGAAAAUUCAGAGUCAGUAACGUAUCCCAGAAUGGCGCAUGAUAUGAAGACGCUGGAGGAGAAUUUCAGGCAAAAAAAUAAAAGCUGUUUUAUUCUGGGCGCUUCCGGGGAGACGGGUAAGGAACUGCUGAAAGAGAUUGUAAACAGAAAGAUCUUCUCGAGGAUCACCCUGAUUGGGAGACGACAGCUAACCUUUGAAGACAAAGCGUACGAAAGUCUGGUUCAGGAGGUGGUUGAUUUUGAGAAGCUAGAUGACUACGCCGCUGCUUUUCAAGGCCACGAUGUGGGAUACUGCUGUCUGGGGACAACGAAAGCCAAAGCAGGAACUGAAGGCUUCGUCCGCGUGGACCACGACUACGUUCUGAAGUCGGCGCAGCUGGCCAAAGCCGGGGGCUGCGGCCACUUCCACCUGGAGUCCUCCAAAGGGGCGGACAAGACCAGCGGCUUCCUCUACCUCAGGGUGAAGGGAGAAGUAGAGGCGGAUGUCGGGGAGCUGGGGUUCGAAAGAUAUUCGAUAUACAGGCCUGCGGUCCUGAUGGUGGACCGGCAGGAGUCCAGGCCGACCGAGUGGCUGGCCCGGAAGUUCCUGGCGCCCCUGUCCGCCGCCUUCCCCACCGCCAUGUCCAUCCCCAUCGCGUCGGUGGUGCGAGCCAUGGCGGUCAACACGCUGCUGGAGGGCGAGGCGAAGGCGGAGAUCCUGGAGAACAAGGCCAUUUACAACCUGGGGAAGGUCGCGGAGAAAUAGGAAACACCAAACCCAACCGUGGCCAUAGGGGGGGGGACUCUUAUAAACUCUGCUAGAGUUGAGUUUAACACUGGACAUUACAUUACAGGCAUUUAGCGACUUACACAGCAUUUUUCUUUUACAUAGCAUUUACACUGCACCUGGAUAUAUACUGAAGCAAUGCAGGUUAAGUACCUCGCUCAAGGGUACAACGGCAGUGUCCUACAUGGGAAUUGAACCUGCGACCUUUAGGUUGCAAAAACAGUUCCUUAGCCAUUAUGCUACACUGCCGCCCUGCCAUUUUGCUGUGUGAGAAGUAGCACACGCAGUCGGGAGCUUAUGGUUCUGGGGCUCUGUGUGCUGAGAUAUCGAAAUUUAGAAUUUAAAAUCCCCGUGCGGUGGCUUUGUUUUUUGCUCCAUCCAGGUUAACGUUUAAAGUCAUUCACGGCGUUUAAUCUGCUGUGUUAGUCGCACCGGGAAAUUACUAGUGUUAAAUCAACUCUAGCAGAGUCAAAACAGAACGUCAUUAUUUACAGGUGGUCUAUAAGAGUUUAUUUUACAGUGAAGAUGUUGGUGUUGUAGAACCCUAUAAUGCUGAGAUCUUCAAACGUUAUAUCAAUCGCAGUUUGCAUUUUCUCCCUGGCAGUUUCAUUUUACACUUUGAUCGGGAUGGAACGGGAACAGAAAUGAGUGCCUUUUGACUAUUUUGUGUGCAAAAAUGUCGUUUUAUGUCAUAACUGAACUUGAAUACCUAGUAUGUGUCUGCCUUUGACGGAGAAGACACUAAUUGAAUUUUACAUGGUGCACACAGAUAACAUAUCCAUGUACUAUACAUACAUUUAUUUUUCUGGACCAAAAUAUAUACAUAUGAUAUUGAACCAUUUCAGAUUCAACGUAUGAAUGUCUCAUCUUGCGUUGCAUUUUAUGAGUCUGUCAUUUUGCUUUCUGUACAGUGUGCGCAAAUCUUUAUUCAUCAACAUUAUGUGACCGAUGACCGAUUUAAUUAUUUGUAUAUCGUGAUGCUGUACUCGGAGUUGUAAAAACGUAAUAAAUGGGAUAUGAUAUCACCAAAAUAUCGGUCAAUAUUAGUGACAGAAUUACAAAAUGGCAACUACUGUACGUUUCAAACGGUUUGCAUUUUCACAGUAAACCAUGUCAAGCUUUUUGCUGCAUCAUACACUAUGCCCACUAUACCCUUCUCCAGCUCUGUAUCUAGACUGUGACUGAUAAUAAGCUUCACAGUAAAGCUGGGUUUCUAAUCUGGACUCAAAUUUUUGAGACUGAGACUGAUUCUCUUACAUAUUUCAGAAGCAUCAGUGAUGGAUUUCGUAACACCUUUUCACCAUUUCAACAGUGCAUUUUUGCACAAUCCGGUGUGUGAGAGAGGCACCGAGUUGCUUAACAACAGCUGUCUCUGGUAUUUUCAAGAGGAAAGUGACGUUUGAGAGAGGUCUGUAGUUUUUAGAUCAUCGGGACCAAGAUGAGGAUUCUUAAGUGUUGGAUUUAUAACAUUUUGUUGACAGGGAUGUGUUAAUGAUUUUACGUAUAUGCCUUGCACGGAACUUCUUUAAGCAUUUUUUGUUGGGAUUGGACCAUGCGGACAUGCAGUGAGGUUAUAGACCAGUUUGGUCCGCUCAUCCACUUCAAUGGGAGUAAAAUAGUGUCCUGUUAGUACAGAGUAAAGUUCCAUCUCAGCGUUGGGCUUUUCACAGGCUUUUGGGGAAGUGAUGCCAGGAGAAGAAGACAAGGAAGAUCUAACACAAAAUGAUGCCUGCUAUUGAUUACUUGAGCUAAGUACGCAGCUCAUCCUAAGGGAUUCAAAUGAGGAAAAAUGAUGUCUGGAUUUAGGGAUUAAACUCAAUGUGGAUUGAUGAAUGACUGCAACUCCACCCUGGCCUGCCUGAUAGAUGUGGAGUCUGGGUGCUUAGGUAACCUAGGAGGGCCGUAUAGACAGCGACACGCCCAUAACCAGCCAUGCUAAGCUGUGUGUGGGGCUCACUGCCAGUCAUGGCUGUUGCUACCUAUUGCCCUCUAUGGGUCAUAUAAGGCCAGUGAGACUUUAUAUAAAACCCAAAAAUGUUCAG